GGCGGGUGCAACCCUGAUGAUGAGGGAGAAGAAGAGAAGGAGGGAGGAAGUCACUAGGCUGAUUGCGGAGGUAGCAAAAAAGUGCGGGAUUGUAGGCAAGAAGUGGGGGCAGAGGCAGAUAUUUCUGCCAAGAUGGACAAAGUACUGGGAUAUUUGGAAGUGUUGAGCGCGGCUUGGAUGGAGGAACGCCAAGCCAGCUGGAGUCAGGAUGUGGCCCUGAAGGCCAUGCGGUCUGGGCUUAGGGAUUUUGCGCGUGAGAUGGUUACCCACGUUGGAGGAGAAGUCAGGAAGUUGAGAGAUAACAUGGGGAAGUUUUGUGAGAGCGCUAUCGAGGGCGCCAAAGCAGUUGCCGCUGUAGAGAGCGAGGCCAGACCCCGUAAAGAGCCUGUAAAGCUCAAGUUCCCAGAUGCGUACGGGGGAAAGAAGGAGGAGAACUUGGACAACUGGGAGGCCAGUGUCAACAGUUACGUGUACUUACAGCAUAUCCUGACAGAGGAGCAAGUCCUUGUAGCCUUCCAGGCCCUCAAAGAUGAAGCGACCAGCCCGUGCCUAGCUAGCUGUCCAGAGAUUGUUUGUGUUAGCGUCUCUCUAGGCACGUCCGUCACAGGUGUGGCAGAAGAGCUGAAGGAGAGGAUGCCAGCCUGGGCCAAAAUGAAGAAGGAGAGUAAGGGACAACUAAUCUUGGUAGACGUAGAAGUGUUUAGAAGUAGAGUAGGGGCCCUUAUAAACUCAGGGGCCACCCGCAGUCAUAUUAGCCGUUGGGCGCUGAAGAAGCUAAGGCUAGGAUUAAAAGUCCAAAAAUUGGCAGACCCCAUAGUUAGUGUCCUCGCAGACAACCGCACUAUGCGCGUUGAGGACUACGUAGAGGGAGUCCAGGCGUACUUUCGCCUAGAGAAAGAUGGGAAGGUGGAGAAAGUUCUCCACUCCCUGACUCUCCUCGCACAGGAUGAACUUCCUUUCGACGUAGUGUUAGGAAUGGAUUGGGGAGAGGCAGCCGGGGUCACACUCCAUUUGAGAGAACAUGAGCGUAGCCUCCCUAUUCCGUCAGGCGAGGUUAAGACUGCCCGCCUGUUUCAUGUGUCCGGUGUAGAUAACACCUUGGCACAUUGCUGUCUCAGUGUUCCCGCGUUCGCGCGAAUAAUGAAAAAGGAGAAGUUAGAGGAGCAGGUCUUUGUAGUGUAUGUUAGACCUGUCACUGAGGCUAAGGAAGAGGUGACUUCUACAAAUCCAACCAUUGCCAAGCUGCUGGAGGAGUUCAAAGACUUGACUGAGUCGCCGACAGGAGUAGUGCCGCGACCCAUCCAGCACAGGAUAGAGAUAGAGCCUGGCAGUAGAACUCCUAAGGGAGCGGUCUACAGGAUGUCCCCUAGAGAGUUAGAGAAGCUACGUAAGCAGGUAGACGAGCUCCUCGAGAAAGGUUCGAUCAGGCCCAGUUCGUCUCCUUUUGGAGCACCAGUCUUGUUUGUCCCCAAAAAGGAAGGAGAGUUGAGAAUGUGUAUAGACUACAGGGGUUUGAACGCUAUUACAGUGAAGAAUGCUGAGCCGCUGCCCAGGAUAGACGAUCUCUUAGAUCGGGUGCAGGGUUUAUACUUAGAUGACAUUUUAGUUUUCAGCAAGACCCUCCAGGAGCAUCAGGGUCAUUUGAGGCAGGUCUUGGAGGAGCUCAGAGAGGCUAACUUCAAGAUCAACGCAAAGAAAUGCGAGUGGGCCAAGACACAAGUCUUGUACUUGGGCCACGUAUUAGACGGAGACGGCAUUAAGCUAGAGGACAGCAAGAUAGCGGCGAUUAGAGACUGGCCGACGCCCCGCACAUUGACAGAGUUGUGGUCGUUCCUAGGCCUAGCCAACUACUAUAGGAAGUUCGUGAGGAACGUCUCUACUAUCGCCGCUCCCUUGCGCAGGUUGCUAAAGAAAGAGGCAAUCUGGCAAUGGGACAAAGAUUGUACUUCUGCGCUAAAGAAGUUGAAGCGCGCAUUGAUAGAGUACCCUGUCCUCAAAGUAGCUGAUCCAUCCUUGCCAUUUGUUGUCACCACGGACGCGAGUCAGUAUGGUAUAGGCGCCGUGUUGCAGCAAGACAACGGCAAUGGCUAUAGACCCGUAGAGUUCAUGUCAGCGAGGAUGCCCUCAGAGAAGGUAGCCACCUCGACGUACGAGAGAGAACUCUACGCUCUCAGGCAGGCCUUAGAACACUGGAAGCAAUACGUGCUUGGGCGACACUUCAAAGUGUAUUCUGACCAUGAGACGCUUCGUUGAUUAAAGACCCAGGCCAAAAUGACACCUAAGUUGACUAGGUGGGCCGCUGAGAUAGACCAGUACGAUUUUGAGCUCAAGCCAGUGAAGG